GUAAUUGUGGGAGGGACUACGCAGAAAAUGGCGUUGUCCUCAGCGGGGCGAGUUUUGACUAUUUGCGAACAGUUUCAGAAUUUCUUCAGGAUAUCUUCAGCGAUAAAUACUCAGUUAUGCGCUGUUAGCUUGAGUAAAUCUCCGUGUGGUCUUUACAGGGAAAAGUCUCCAUUCAUUCCCUCAUCUUGGUCCAAUCUCGCCAUAUCUCUGGGUCAGUGUCGAUCUCUGCACACAACCGUCAGCAGAAGAGGACUGGAAGAAUUCUUUGACUAUCCUGAAAACUGGGGAGAGACAACUGUGAAGUCGGGUGCACCGUGGACUGUCACAAAGCUGAGGGCAAAGAGCAACGAAGAUUUACACAAACUCUGGUAUGUGCUCCUCAAAGAAAUGAACAUGCUGCGAACACUUGAACAGGAGUCCAAAAGGCAAAGGCUUCCGAUGCCGAGUCCUGAAAGAAUUAAGAAGGUUCAGCGGUCAAUGACCCGGAUGGACAUAGUGGUGAAUGAGAGAGAGAGUGCGCUGCGCCUGCUGCAGACAGGUCAGGAGAAUCCAAGGCCAAGAGACUGGAGGAAGAACGUGUUUGGAGAAGUCAGAUGGUAUCAGUAUAAAGAACAUCCCAUUCCUUGGUAUCUAAAUACAAGAUACAAGCGAACAAAGUACUUCACACCAAAGUUUGUUGAACCUCAUAUAAGGCUAAGGCUUGAGAAGGACCUUAGAAUAAAGCUCAGAAAGGCUGCAACAGCACGACAAAAACUGGCCAAGCUAAAGGAGAAGUUUCCUCACAUGAAAGUCCCUGCACAAUAAACUGUCAUUCAUUCCUUUAGCUGUUAAGGAAUUUUUGACCUUUUUGUCAGUAACAUCGUUCCAGACUUGAGGCCUGGUAACGAUCUGUAGUUCAACAGUCUGAAUCGGCAUAUUUCAGAUAAUUAAAGGUUACUGCCGUCUAAAAUGUCUUUUCAGCUGUUUACAACUCAUUGUAAAAAUAAAUGUGUGCAACAUCUCA